CAAAAGGUGAUGUGGGCAACUCAAUGAAUAUAUUGCGGUCUGUUGAACGAUCGCGACCCAGAAGAUCCAUAAACAUACAGAAGUUAAGGUGGUAUUGUAAGCUCGAACUGGUAACUCGUCAUUUUAUCACUCUAAGGAAACACGUCGGCUACGAGUAAUCAAGAUGUCAGUAUCAAAUACUUUCAUACUAGCAGUGUUUUGCUGUCAUCUCUUGCUUGUUCAUGCAAAAGCGCUGGAAGACAGCACAAAGGAAGCUGCUGACGAGAAUGAUGUCCCUGCUUUUGCCGAAGGAAAAUUUACGAGAUCCUUGGAGAAUGAUCCACAGUACUGGAAAGGACGUUUUUCUGACAUUGUGGGUGAAUUAAGCGAUCCUCAGUAUUGGAAGGGCCGGUUUAGUCAUGACCAAUACUGGCAAGGUCGUUUCGCAGAUACUGGAUCUGAAAUGGAUAAGAGAGAGCCUCAGUAUUGGAAGGGCCGAUUCAGUAGAGGAGAGGAGGAACAACAGCUGCGGUCUGCAGUCCCCGGACGGUUUGGAAGAAAUUUCCAAGGCCGCUUUGGAAGGAAUUUCCAAGGCCGUUUUGGGAGAAAUUUUCAAGGCCGUUUCGGACGUGAAUUACAGGGUCGUUUCGGUCGAGAUGAAAUACAGGGACGAUUUGGCAGAGAGGAUCUCCAAGGUCGCUUUGGACGGGAAGACAUGCAGGGCCGUUUUGGCAGAGAAGAGGAAGACCAGGGUCGUUUCGGACGUGACUUCAUCCAAGGCCGUUUUGGACGAGAAGACCAAGGUCGCUUCGGACGGGAAGAUGACCAAGGCCGUUUUGGUCGCGAUUCGAUCCAGGGCCGAUUUGGACGCGAAGAACUUGACCAAGGGCGAUUUGGACGUGAAGAACUUGACCAAGGGCGAUUUGGACGUGACGAAAUUGUUGAGGAUGAAGAUCAAGGACGAUUUGGUCGCGAAGAGGACAGCGAUGAUCUCCUUGUAAAGUUAGAGAAUAAACUGGAGGAAGACCACGAUGCCAAACGUGAAGUUGCAAGCAGUCUAGACGAAUCCAAGGAUGAAACCUCGGAGUCUUAACAAUGGAAUUAUUUGGAAUUUGAAUAAAAUGGCAGAAGAGAGAAAGAGUUCUAUAAAACUUUACCACAGCUGCAUAUAAAUAGCAAUUGAUGUAGAAGAAAGUUAUUUCUUGGGUCAUAUACAGAUUAAUUGCACUCUCACAGUGACUCCCUCGUUUUCCUUUCAUUGUACAAAUCACUCUUGUGUGCUUGCAGGUUGACGUUUCUUUCACCAAAAUCAUUCUAUAGAUGUCAGUUACGUACAAGCUUGUUAAUGCUAAGUAGUUUUCAAGAGAGUGAAACAAGUUAAGUUUAAGUAUAUCUAGAUUAUGAGUGAAUUAAAGAGGUCAAUAAAAUGUGAAAACAAG